AGUUGUAAAAGUUACGAACCUCCAAGCAGACGUGCUUAGUGAAGUCGCGCAACGAUUUACACGUUCACCAACUCCUACUUGAAUUUGUGAACGGCAUUUUUUUCAGCCACAAGAUUUUCGAUCUUUCUCUUGCUCUUGUGUGUGACUCUGGAGUAUAAAUUUUUCGGAUUUUUAGUUUUUCAAGUGUUUCAUUUUUGUAUUCAUAGUUUUUCGUCAGUGUAUGUGGAAAUACCGUCAAUUUCAUCAAACUAAAAAGUGAUUUAUCGAAAGUAAUAUCGGAUUUACGUUUGUUUUUUCUUCAAUUGCUAAACGGUUUUGUUCGAGGUCCUCAAUGGUGUUGAUACGAUCGGAAGUUUAAAAUUGUUUUUUUUUUUUUUUGGUUGAGCAAGUCAAGCGGACGAAACGUAGAUUAUUUGAGCGAUUAACGAAGGAAAAACGAUGUCUGCGUUGAGACAUCGUUCGCUUGGUCCGCCACCACCACCCGGCGACAGUGACGAUGAAUUCUCAGAUAAUGAAAGCACACCACUCACCCAAGACAUCUAUGGCGGCAGCCAACGUACGGUUGGGGAACCUACAAAGGGAUGGGAUGUUUUCCGAGAUCCGCCGCUCAAAAUCGAGAGCGGUUCGAUGGCAAAUCAGGCGUGUCUUGAUUUAUCGGUGAAAAUACUAAAAUUAUUCGCAUAUCUGUUCACAUUCGUCAUUGUGCUUGGCGGUGGUGUAUUCUCAAAAGGCUGUGUAUUGUUUAUGACGGCGCAAUUGCGUCGUGACCGAAAAUUACCGUACUGCAACAAAGAUUUGGGACGAGAUAAGUCAUUCGUUUCAGUUAUACCAGAGGAGGAGCGUGUAGCCUGGAUGUGGGCAUUGUUCAUUGCAUUUUCAAUUCCAGAGAUUGGUGCAUUCAUUCGAGCUGUUCGUAUUUGCUUCUUUAAAUCAUGGAAACGACCACAAAGGUCCCACUUUCUCUUCAUAUUUUUAAUGGAAACACUUCAUACGGUCGGCGUUGCCCUGCUCAUGUUUGUUGUACUGCCCGAAUUGGAUUCGGUUAAAGCAGCUAUGGUUACGAAUUGCUUGUGCUGCAUCCCAGGAAUUCUCGGCUUACUCUCACGUUCGUCGAAAGAGGGCCGGCGAGCCAUUAAAGUCAUCAUUGAUUUGCUUGCCAUUUCAGCACAAAUCACCGGCUUCGUUGUGUGGCCGUUGUUGGAAAAUCGGCCGAUUUUAUGGAUGGUUCCGAUUGCUGCGAUAAUGACAUCAUGUGCCUGGUGGGAAAAUUAUGUGUGCAUUCAUAGCCCAAUUGGAUUCGUUCGAGCGAUGGGCCGAGCCAAAGAAGACCUACGUACCACGCGCUAUUUCAAUUGUAUUUUCUUCUCGUUGUGGAAAAUUGCAGUCUUCGCUUGCUCACUGUUUCUGAUUUUGUGGAUGCAAGGCGAAUAUCCAAUGAAUCUGUUCUAUUUAUUUGGUGACGCAUUCGGACCACACAAAAUUAUUGUUGAAGAAGUGUCCGCCACAUUGAGAGUUAGCCUACCUGAUAUCAUCGCUAAUUCACCGCUUGGAGACACCACUGAAAUUAACGCCGAACACAAUACUGUCAUUUAUGUUCUAUUGUUCCAAAUUGUCGCCGCAUAUUUGUGCUAUAUUUUCGGCAAAUUCGCUUGUAAAAUUCUAAUUCAAGGUUUCAGUUAUGCGUUCCCAGUCAAUUUGACCAUUCCAGUGUCCAUUUCAUUGAUGAUUGCCCUCUGCGGUAUUCGAAAUGGUGAUCCGUGCUUUUUCAGCGGCACCAUACCCGAUUAUUUGUUCUUCGAAAGUCCGCCAGUGUUCCGGUUGAGUGACUUUGCGAAUCGCGAAAUGGCAUGGGCCUGGCUACUUUGGCUGUUAUCACAAACAUGGAUCACACUUCACAUAUGGACACCGAAAUGUGAACGUUUAGCAACAACGGAAAAACUGUUUGUCAGCCCAAUGUACAGCGGUUUAUUGAUUGAUCAGUCGAUGGCAUUGAAUCGAAGACGUGAUGACCAAGCCGAUGUGAAAACUGAAGAACUGGCCGAAAUUGAAAAAGAAAAAGGUGACGAAUAUUACGAAACGAUUUCCGUGCAUACCGAUGGCUCAACACCGCACAAGCCAAACAUCAAGAACUCCGAUCACAUCACACGAAUCUAUGCCUGUGCUACAAUGUGGCACGAAACAAAAGACGAAAUGAUGGAGUUCUUAAAGAGUAUCAUGCGUUUAGAUGAAGAUCAAUGUGCGCGACGUGUGGCUCAGAAGUAUUUGCGUGUCGUUGACCCCGAUUACUAUGAAUUUGAAACUCACAUUUUCUUCGAUGAUGCUUUCGAAAUUUCGGAUCACAGUGAUUCUGACAUUCAAGUGAAUCGAUUCGUAAAAUUGUUGAUACAAACAAUUGACGAUGCCGCAUCAGAUGUACAUCAAACAACGAUUCGUGUGCGUCCGCCAAAGAAAUACCCAGCACCAUACGGCGGUCGAUUGGUGUGGACCUUACCUGGAAAAACAAAAAUGAUUGCCCAUUUGAAAGACAAAGAUCGGAUUCGUCACAGAAAACGUUGGUCACAAGUGAUGUACAUGUACUAUUUGUUGGGUCAUCGUUUGAUGGAGCUGCCAAUUUCUGUGGACCGUAAAGAAGUUGUUGCUGAAAAUACUUACCUGUUGACAUUGGACGGUGAUAUUGAUUUCCAACCGAGUGCUGUCAUGCUGUUGGUCGAUUUGAUGAAGAAAAAUAAAAACUUGGGCGCUGCUUGUGGUCGUAUCCAUCCAAUUGGUAGCGGACCGAUGGUGUGGUAUCAAAAAUUCGAAUAUGCAAUUGGUCAUUGGCUUCAAAAAGCAACCGAACAUAUGAUUGGAUGCGUACUUUGUAGCCCGGGCUGUUUCUCACUUUUCCGUGGCAAAGGUUUGAUGGAUGAUAAUGUUAUGAAGAAAUACACAACACGUUCGGAUGAGGCUCGACAUUAUGUGCAAUACGAUCAAGGAGAGGAUCGUUGGCUGUGCACAUUGUUGUUGCAACGAGGCUAUCGUGUCGAAUACUCAGCUGCAUCGGACGCCUACACUCACUGCCCUGAAGGAUUUAACGAAUUCUACAAUCAACGUCGUCGAUGGGUGCCAUCAACCAUUGCCAACAUCAUGGAUCUGCUCGUUGACUACAAACGCACCGUUAAAAUCAAUGACAAUAUCUCACUGCUUUAUAUUGCCUACCAAGUUAUGUUGAUGGGUGGCACAAUCCUUGGCCCUGGUACGAUCUUUCUGAUGUUGGUGGGAGCUUUCGUGGCUGCUUUUAAAAUCGAUAACUGGACAUCAUUCCAUUACAAUAUCAUUCCGAUUCUCUUAUUUAUGUUGAUUUGUUUCACGUGUAAAUCCAACGUUCAGCUGAUUGUGGCGCAAAUACUGUCUACGAUAUAUGCACUGAUAAUGAUGGCGGUGAUAGUGGGUACGGCGUUGCAGUUGGGCGAGGAUGGUAUCGGCAGUCCCUCGGCGAUAUUCUUGAUAGCAACGGCGGCGACGUUUUUCACGGCAUCAAUACUGCAUCCGCAAGAGUUUUGGUGUGUAUCGGCUGGUAUCAUUUAUGUACUCUCAAUCCCAUCGAUGUAUUUGCUGUUGAUUUUGUACUCAAUCAUCAACUUGAACGUCGUCUCAUGGGGUACGCGUGAGGUGGUCGCAAAGAAAACCAAAAAAGAAUUGGAACGCGAGAAAAAAGAAGCCGAAGAAGCGGCCAAACGUGCCAAACAAAAAUCGUUGUUGAGUUUCUUGCAAGGCGGUGCCGGUGAUAAUGGCGAUGAAGAAGGAUCGAUUGAAUUAUCAUUGGCCGGACUAUUUCGUUGUAUGUUCUGCACGCAUGGCAAAACCAGCGAUGAAAAAGCUCAAUUGACCCAUAUUGCCGAUUCGUUGACAACAAUCCAGAAGAAAAUCGACACAAUUGAGCAUAUUGUCGAUCCACAUGGCUUCCAACAUCGCAAACGCACCGCUUCAGGCAGCUCACGUGACCACCACUUGGGCUCGGUGGCCGAAGAAACUGACGAAGACAGCGAACACUCCGAUUCCGAAACAUCGACGGUACAACGCGAAGAACGUGAUUUCCUCACUAACCCAUACUGGAUUGAAGAUGGCGAUUUGAAGAAAGGUGAAGUCGAUUUCUUAUCGAGCUCCGAAACUCAAUUCUGGAAAGACCUCAUCGACAAAUAUCUUUAUCCAAUCGAUCAAGACAAAGAGGAACAGGCAAGGAUAGCACUUCAAUUGAAGGAGUUACGUAAUUCGUCGGUGUUUGGAUUUUUCAUGAUAAAUGCACUGUUUGUAUUGAUUGUGUUUCUGCUGCAAUUGAACAAGGAUCAUAUUCACAUAAAAUGGCCAUUGGGUGUCAAAACGAAUAUUACCUAUGAUGAAACUACACAAGAGGUUCAUAUAUCGAAAGAAUAUUUGCAAUUGGAACCCAUUGGUUUGGUGUUUGUAUUUUUCUUCGCAUUGAUUUUGGUCAUUCAAUUCACGGGUAUGUUGUUCCAUCGUUUUGGAACGUUGUCACACAUUUUGGCCGCCACUGAAUUGAACUUUUGUUGCAACAAGAAGGCUGAAGAGCUUAGUCAAGAUGCACUGAUUGAUAAGCACGCGGUGGAAAUUGUGAAAAAUCUCCAACGUUUGCAUGGCAUUGACGGUGAUUAUGACAAUGAUUCGGGCAGUGGACCGGAUCGAGUAGCUCGUCGCCGAACCAUUCAAAACUUGGAUAAGGCAGCAAAACCACGACGACAAAUCGGCACCUUGGAUGUUGCUUUUAAAAAGCGUUUCUUACAGUUAACCGCUGAUAAUGAAAACAAUCCAAGUAAAAACCGUACGCCAAUAUUAACGAGACGUAUGACAAUGCGACGUGAAACGAUCCGAGCGCUGGAAGUACGUAAAAAUUCAGUAAUGGCUGAACGUCGCAAAUCUCAAAUGCAAACCCUUGGUGCAAACAACGAAUAUGGAAUUGUAACCAAUCAAAUGAAUAACAGUCAACAUCAUGGACAGCCGAUGCGGACACAUCGAUCAUCCAACGCUGUCCCGAUGAAUAUCAAAGAUGUCUUCGAUGUGAAUGGCAUGAAUGGGCCAAAUUCACAAAUCUAUGGCACAAGCGGAAACGCUGGCCAAAUUAAUCAAGCCUACGAACCGGUCGUCGAUGACGACGAUCGAAACUCAUUGCGCCUAGCGCCGCGAAAUCAUCAGGGCAGGAGUGGCGGAGGAGGAGGUGGAAAUGGCAAUAAUUCGAAAUUAUAGAAUUUGUACAACGAAUUUGUUUUUUGAAUGAAUUAUUCGGCAUCUAGACAAAAUAUUUUCAAAUUGUAUGUAAUUUUUGUUAGCGUAGUUAGUAAAAAAAAACAAACUGAGUCAAUUAUUUUUGAAUGCCCUUUUUUGAUGCAUCGAUUUUGUUUUUGUUUACUUUUGUGUUAUUCUGUUGUGUCAAAUUCAGAAUUCUGCAGAAAAAAGAAACAAAACAUUGACAUUUUUCGGGAAGGGUUUUUUUUUAGUCUACUGCCAUCGACCGUGUUCAAUUUAUCCUCUUGAAAAUCAUUUAGACUUUGAUACGCGCUAUAUGCACAAAUUUCUCUUGAACACAAAAAACCAUUUCAACUAAUUUAUUUAUAUCUGAUCGUGGCAGUUUUAUAAUGAAAUGCGUGUAAAAUAUUAUGGAACGAUAAUUUAUGUAUAAAAGAAAAGAAACAAAAUGAAAUGCAACGAUUGUAACUUAGAUUUAUCAACAACACCUUUAAAUACUCGAUGAAAAGAAAUGACCCCAUUUUUAUAAACUGCAACACUUUAUAAAAUAAUUUAAAAUAUAUUUUAUACCUGUUUUUCUUUUAAGCAAAA